AUACUUGAGCGUCCUAUCGCGCACGGCGUUGAGCGAAACCCAGGAGUGACUUCAUUAUAUAAGAGACGGGAAUGCUGUAGGCCUUUCCAAUGCACAAGCAAUAGAGUUCUUUACCGAGGAAGGUGCCUGAGGUUGGUAGGUUGGCAGAGAGAGAAAGAAGCCAUGGCUACCAACGCAGUGCUCGAUAGGUGGUCUCUUAGCGGAAGAACAGCUUUGGUUACCGGAGGCACCAAAGGAAUCGGGUAUGGCAUAGUAGAAGAAUUAGCUAAGCUCGGGGCAACAGUCUAUACCUGUGCUCGGAAUGAAGCAGAGCUUAAGAAAUGCCUCCAACAAUGGGAGGCAAAGAGCUUCAAGGUCGCAGGGUCCACCUGCGACGUCUCCUCCCCAGUCGAGAGGGAGAAACUAAUGGAGAACGUCAAGUCUGCGUUUCAUGGAAAGCUCGAUAUUUUGGUUAGCAACGCAGGAACAGGAAUCAUGAAACCUGCGUUGGGUGUGACCCCUGAGGAAUACAAGUUCAUCACGACUACCAAUUUUGAGUCGGCUUUCCAUCUGUGUCAGCUCGCCCACCCGCUUCUCAAGGCAUCAGGAAGAGGCACCAUCGUGUUCAACUCCUCCAUCGCCGGCAUGGUGGGCAUAGAUAUGUUCUGCCUCUAUGCAGCCACUAAAGGAGCACUGAACCAGCUCACCAAGAGCCUCGCUUGCGAGUGGGCAAAGGACAACAUCCGAACCAACUGCGUCGCGCCCGGAUACAUCAAGACCCCACUCAUUCAGAACGCACUGGAAGACGAGGCGUUUGUGGCGGGGGAGACACGUCGUAUCCCCAUGGGGCGUCUGGGCGAGGUACAAGACGUGGCCCCGGUGGUGGCUUUCCUGUGCCUGCCCGCUUCUUGCUACGUCAAUGGCCAAGUCGUGGUGGUGGACGGAGGUCGGGUUGUGAACGGCAACAUUUAAGUCUCAGCCGCUGCCGCUGCCGCUGCUACCCCUUUUUCUUCUCCAAGACGACGAGCGCUACUCGAGAGAUGCGUCCGUAGCUAUUCGAAUCACUCAUCAAAAACACGUGUUGUCGACCAUCAUAUGGUCAUUUUUACUUUGUUAUGGCUAAUAAAUAUGUCACCGUGUGCUUAAACACA